AUGGUAUAUUCAAAAGAUACCGAGCUCUACCGUCGGGAUGUCAAAUCGCGUGGCCGUGAAUUCACCGCCGAAGAGCGUGAGAAGCUCGUGAAACCAUACCUUCCUCCUGUUCCUGAACUGUUAGCCCCUUCGAAAGUUUCUUCUCGGCAUAGCGGAGUCAGAAAGGUCAAAAGGCGCAGACAGAAACCCAUCCGUUCUUUUCUCAAGUCGAAGCUUCACGUUCUGCUCUACUUCGCUGUACACCUGGUCUUUGGCAUAUAUCUGCGGCUGCGCCAGACGUACCAUGCGGUAAUUGACCGAGUACUUGCCCUUUUAUAUUACCAUCACCGAACACCCGAGCUCAUCCAGAAAGACGUCAAAAACCUGUCCCGACUGCCCGAGCACUUGAGUGUCGUUCUCACUUUGAAGGGCGAGGAGGAUGGGGGACUGGAAUCAUUGAUGGAAGAUGUUGCUGAGCUGAGCGCCUGGUGUGCCAGCAUAGGGAUCCCACUACUGAGCAUCUACGAAAGAAGCGGUAUCCUGAAAUCUAACAUGCGUUCCCUGCAUUCCUUGGUCUUUCAAAGACUAUCCUCUUACUUCGGCGCGUCACAAACACCAUCCUUUCGCCUUCACGCGCCAAGCUAUCCCUCCUAUCCGCCUUCCGCCACAACCACACCUGCCCUACUCCCCACCACCAGCACCGAAACCACCUCCCCCCCCACCCAAUCUCAAAGAAGAAGAAACAUCGAAGUCCUUCUCCUCUCCUCCACCGACGGCCGCGACACUCUCGUGGACCUGACCCGCACACUGGCCGAAAUGUCUCAAUCUCACAAACUCCACCCACGGGAUAUAACGCAAGAUCUCAUCGACGCCGAACUUUCGGCCACAACCUCCAUCUCACUCUCACCUCCUUACCAACUAGCCUCUCAAACACAAACGCCAACCACGCCCAAAAACCAAGACACAAUAACAACAAUGAGUAAAGAGCCAGACCUCCUCAUAAUCUUCGGCCCAUACGUAAAACUCGACGGAUACCCGCCCUGGCAGGUGCGUCUGACCGAAAUUUUCUGCGUCGGGGAAUCAGGGGGUGGGAAUAGUGGGAGGAGUGGUGGGAGAGUUGAAUAUCAGGGCUUUCUAAGGGGACUUUGGAUGUUUGCCGCGGCGGAGAUGAGGUUCGGUCGGUAG